AAGAAUAGUUGGAUAGAACAUGGGGGUCAUAUUUGGAGGCUCAAUUGUGAUGCCAUAGUAGCAAACUAUAUGUUGCUGAUAGUCCAAAACUGUACUGCUAGCUAUCACCAUUUAUAUCUCUUCUAUUAUUGUAGUAAAAAUUAGUAGUACUAUUUCUCUAGAUCUUCAUUUUUUGAUCAAAUGGAGGUUCAGUUGCAAAGGAGCUAUAUUGAAUCUAUUGAAGCCUUGUUUCGUGAGGGAGUCUUGGAUGCUCAGUUUGAACAGCUGCUGAUGCUUCGGGAUGAGAGCAAUCCGGAUAUUGUGAUGGAAGUGGUGACCCUUUUCUCUGAAGAUUGUCAACGAAUUCUCAAUCAACUCUCCCAGACCUUGAAUGAGCAGAGUGUGGACUUUAAGAAGGUUGAUGCUAGUGUGCACCAACUGAAAGGUAGCACCUCAAGUAUUGGGGCUGCGAGACUGAAAAAUGCUUGUAUUGCCUUCCUCAGCUUCUGUGACGCCCAAAAUGUUGAAGGGUGCCUUAGAUGCUCGCAGCAAAUCGAGCACGAGUACUUGCUACUGAAGAACAACCUGGAAGCUCUACUGAGGUUAGAGCAGCAGAUUGUGGCAGCUGGUGGAGUGGUUCCCGUGUUGAACGAAUUCUAAUGAGGCGAAUGGGGCAGCUGUGUUGGUAGUGAGUUUUUUUGGUGGUACCAGUUUGCCGAGUUUAAGGUUACUUUGAGGUUUCUACUUGUGAAAACUGGUUGUUUUUUCUAAGUUUGGAUACUCCUCUGUUAAUAAUGCAUUAUCUGGUCUUCAAAAAAUGUUGUUGAAUCUCUUACUAUCCAAUCACUCAAGUCUUUAACAUUUGAAACCAUGAAAUAUUAUAUCAUACUCAGUUAUCAUCAUAGAAUGCAAUAAACAAUUUCAUCA